AUGGGCUGCUGCAGCAGCCGGAGCUCCGAUUCGCCGGCCAGCCGCGUGACGCGGUGGCGCUCCACAGGGAUCGUCGCGCUCCGGGACGACAGAUUGAAGGAAGUGCCAAAUGAAGUUCUACAAGUGGGCAAUUCCUUGAGAACUCUGGACUUGACAAAUAACAAGCUAGUUGAGAUUCCCCAGGAAAUUGGCAGACUUGUGAAUAUGCAAAGGCUUGUUUUGGCUGGUAAUUUGAUUGAAAACAUCCCAGCUAAUAUUGGAUACCUGCGGAAUCUUAAAAUCCUCACACUUGACAGAAAUAGGAUCUCUAUCUUGCCUGAAGAAUUGGGUUCGCUGUCAAACCUUCAGCAACUUUCUGUUUUUCAAAAUUCUUUACUGUGCCUGCCUAAGAGUGUAGGAGAUUUGCGCAAAAUGUCACUACUCAAUGUAUCUGAUAACAAACUGAAGGAACUUCCAGAAUCAAUUGGAGCUUGCAGUUCCCUGGAAGAAUUUCAGGCCAAUGGAAAUGCUAUUGAAGAUGUGCCAUCGUCAAUUUGCAACCUAGUUUGCCUUAAAUUCUUAUCACUGAAUGGCAACAAAAUUCGUCAGCUUCCGCAAAACUUACUGAAAGACUGCACGGCUCUUCAGAAUUUGUCGCUGCACGACAACCCAAUCACAAUGGACCAGUUCCAACAAAUGGAUGGAUUUGAAGAGUUUGAGGCACGCAGAAGGAAGAAAUUCGACAAGCAGAUUGAUUCAAGGGUCAUGAUGGGCUCCACGGCCCUGGAUGAAGGGGUUGAUUUCCACUGA